AUGGACAAAUAUACACCAAUGGGACUACACGACGCAAACGCAUCUAUCGCACCAGAACCAGAGUCUACGCAGCAGCACCAGCUUAUGCAGUAUAUGCCGCCGCAUCGAGAGUAUGACAUGGACGGGCCCCCGCCGGCGUAUUCGAGCGUGUGCACAUCCGGACAGGCUGGCCCCGCGGGGAGUGCAUACUCGGAGGAAGAACCACGAUACUAUAGUGAGUAUUAUCACGACACAGAGAAUCGGCAAUGGCAAUGGCAGAGACAGGAACACGAAUACGGACAUGCACUGCCAUCCCGGCCAACGGCGGGGUAUCAAACAUCUGGUACAUGUCCUGCUCCCGCUCCUGUUGCUGCUCCUCCGGCUCCCUAUAACCAAUUUCCUCCCGAGAAAGGAUCCCAAGAGCCUAGUUGCAGCAACUUUCCAAGCCCAGGAUUUGGUGCUCAACACCGCGCUUCCGUCAGACCCUGCGUCGUGCCACAAAUUACAAAGGCAUUUGGCGGCGCCUUCUCUAGCCCAUUUGCUCGGUGCCAUGCACCGGAACUUGCAGCUCAGGGCAUAACACAGCUGGAAUUCCUCGUUUUUCUUGACGGUCUUAACGAAGCUUUUCUGGGCAGUCCGAUUUUCCAAGCCACAAAUCUCAUUGGCAGUGCCAUAGGCAUGGUUCCUCUCCACAGCGCGCAGAUCCUCUCGGGCAGUAUCGGGGUGGCCUCUGGUCUGGCGAGCGCUGGCGUCUCGUAUGCGCGGACCAGGGCGUAUAUGCGGGCGUCGAAUUACAGGUUCUUUGGACCGCGCGGGUUGCACGCUACGAUUAUGAAUACGAAAAAGAUGAUGCUGGCCAUUGGGCUGCCGGAGGCGGAGGAGAGGCUUCAAUUGCCGCCAUUGGAUAAUCUCGAUCAGGCUCAGGCUCAGCAGCAAGCGAUGCCGGCUAGUGAUCCACGUAUACGUCGAAUCCUCGCGCUAGGAGAUCGUGUCAUGCCGCUGAGCUUUGAUGUGCCACAGGUUGUAAUGCCAGAUAACGUCCUGAAGAAAAUCGGCGCAGCACAUGCGCGGAAGCUGGAAGCCAAGCAGAAUAGGAAGCUGGAGAAAGACCGGUCCAAAAAGUCUGAGGAACAAGCGAAAAAGGUGGCAAAGUUGGAUGAAGAAGCCCGCGAUGGUGAUGAAGAAAUUGCCAAGGUAGAGCGAGAAAGGGACAAAGAAGAGCGAAAAUAUCAGGAAAAACUUGCAAAAUACGCCGGUGACGGGUAUAAAGCUGAGAAGAAGAGGGCCGAGCUCAAAGAAGAUUACGACAAGGAGAUGGCAAAGCUCGACAAGGACAUGUCAAAGGCGUUGCAGGACAAGGAAAGCAAGGUUGGCAAGAAUAUGAAGGAUAUAAAUAAAGGGAUGAGCAAGCUCGAGAAGAAAGAGCAUAAGAUGGCCCAAAAAGUCUUAUGGGUCGUCAUUCUCAAAGCGGAAGAAGGCCUGACUAUGCAAACAUCUGGCAGCGAUGUUAUCGAUGAUGAGGACGAGUAA